AUGCUCACGUCAAUUGUCUCGAACCUCACCCGCCGUACCGCACUCGCUACCGUGUCUGUGGCCCGCAGCGCCACCCCGGUCCCGCUCGCGCGCACGCUCUUCUCGAAGCCCUCCGCGGCGACCAACGCCCGCGCGGCAGGAACGACGCCGGCGGCAAACGGCGGCACGCCGCCGCCGCCGCCGCCGCCGCCCGAGUCAUAUCCGAACGCUCUCAAGUGGCUCCAUUGGGGCGUGGCAGCAACGGCCGGGCUCGGAUGCGUCGGCACCAUCCAGAUCCGGCGACAGCUGGUGGACAAGGACGACAAGGAGAUGCACGGACUGCUGAUGACGAUCCCGGCACCUCUUCCGGGCUCGGCGGUCGAGCGGCUCGGCGCCGACCUCUCGCACAAGGCGCUCUACGUGCUCGUCUCAGGCAUGGCCGUGUCUGGCGUCACCAUGGGCUACUUUGGCGGCAAGGGCUUGCCAUUCUUUGGUUGGACUAUCCCGGGCACCGAUGCCCCGCGCAAGUCGCUGGCCAAGAACGCAUACUGGCUCCAUUCAAACGCCGGCCAGGCUCUCACCUACCUGCUCCCGCUGCACAUUGCCGGUUCGGCCUUUCACUUCUUCCGCGGGCAGGCCAUCUUUGCGCGGAUCAACCCCUUUGCAUAG